AAUGACUGACGACCCAAUUGGAGGGUCAUUUGGUAUAUUUCCAUCGAUUACAAUCUGCAACAAUUUCCCUUUUAGUAUGGAUAAGAUUAAUCGACUUAAAUUACCAACUAUUGAUGAGUUUUAUACAAAAGUCGAUAAGGCAGCUGAAGCAAUUGGUGGAAGUAAUAGAUUUUUAGAAGGCAUAAAGUCAAUAGGCGGAUAUUUUUCAUAUCUUGGAAUUAAUAACGUUAAGAAAGUAGCUCAUAAGAAAGAUGAACUCUUCCUGGAAUGUAAAGUUAUUUUAUUGGAAGGUUAUCUUAACGAUUAUAGAAAUUGUACUACGACUCUGCUGAGUAGAGUUGAUCGUUAUUUGCAUCCAGAUUAUUUUGCUUGUUACACGAUUCGCCCACUAUACAAUGAAUCUUACUCAGACGGUCUCACAUCUUUACUCUUAAAUGGCUUGCAGACUGUUCUGCAUUUAAAGGAAUCUGGAGAAAAUCUGAGUUUCAAUGGUUCGAAGGGAGCUAAAUUUACGGUGCAUCAGCCCGAUGCAUGGUUUAAUGUAAAAAUACAUGGUCAUGACGUUCGUCCAUCUUCUAUGACUACAGCCCAGAUCGCAGGCUCCGCGGAUGUAAAACUUGAAAAACCAUAUGGAAAUUGCUAUAAUUCAUCUUUUAUUGAGCCUGUUAAAACUUUGGAAGGUUACAAUUUGAUGUAUUCAUCUAGUGCCUGUUAUGCCCUGUGCAAACUAAAAGCUAUAGCCGAAAAUUGCCAAUGUAUCGAUCCUUAUCAAUUGAUAUCACCAGAUCACAUAAAUAAAUACAGAAAUUAUAGUCUUUGCCAUAAAUUGCCAGAUGUAAUUACAAAAGAAAGCAUCGAGAAAUUCGUGAACAGAUUGCAAUGCAGGGAACGGGAAGUUUUGAAAGCUGAGAAAACUUGUAUACCUACAUGUAGACCUCCUUGCUUAAGAAUGGUGUAUAAAGUUGAUCUAGGAGAGGGUAUUUGGCCAGACAAGCGUCAAGUCAUGUCCGUGUACGAAGGCCUUAUAUUAAACAAAGUAUUUCAUAAAGAUUAUCUCGAUUACUACGAUAUAUUUAAGAAAUGGUCAACAACGAAAGAGCCAUCCGAUAUUCUACUGAACAAAAAAAAUAGAUUAGAAAAGAAUUUAAUCUUACUAAAAUUCUACUGGAUGUCACAAACUGGUUAUUUCUCAAGGAUCGAUCAAAAAGUAUAUGAUGCUGCUGACCUAUUUUCACAAAUAGGCGGAAUUUUAAAUCUGUGGACAGGAAUUACAUUUAUAUUAUUAGUCGAGAUAUUCGAAUUCUUAUAUAGAUUAUUUAUGCUUAAAACUGCAAAGAAGGCAGAAGAGCGCCUUGGAACAUCUCUCCAAAGAACGAGAACGGCACUAAAUUUAAUAAGAACUGAUAAAACUCGAUGCACGACUGGCCGUCGCAACUAA